AUGGAUGUCAGUGAGCUUGUCUAUGGGACCCUCUUUCUAUUACAGAUUGUAUUUGGGGUCUCAGGAAACAUGUUCCUCCUCCUGGUUUAUACACAUGUGGUCUCCACCAGACACCAGCUGAAUCCCCCAGAUCUGAUCCUGGCCCACCUGGCCCUGGCCAACACCAUGGUCUUUCUCAGCAGGGGGAUCCCCGACAUCCUGUCAGCUUGGGGGCUGAGGAAUUUACUGGAUGAUGUUGGGUGUAAAAUCCUCUUAUACCUCUACCGAGUGGCCCGGGGACUUGCCAUAAGCACGACCUGCCUCUUGAGCAUCUUCCAGGCCGUCACCAUCAGUCCCCAAAACUCCAGGUGGACAGAAGUCAAAACUCAAUUACCCAAGUACAUCGUCCCCUCCUGCCUCUUCUCCUGGAUCCUCAAUCUGCUGAUUGACAUGAAUACACCGAUGUUGGUCACGGAACCCGGAAACAGCACCAGCAUAAAUAGAGUCAACCUCCUGAAAUACUGCUCUUCUAUCAGUGUCAGUGCAGCCACAACGCUGGUCAAUACAGUGGUGCUCUCCCUCCGCGAUAUGUUCUUUGUGGGACUCAUGAGUGCAGCCAGUGGCUACAUGGUGUUUGUCCUGCACAGACACCACCGGCGGGUCCAGCACCUCCACGGGCUCAGCCGCUCACCUAGGACAAGGCCCGAGGUCCAAGCAGCCAAGAGAGUCAUUGCCCUGGUCACCCUCUAUGUCUUACUGUAUGGACGGGAUACAAUCACCCUGAGUUUAUUAUUUCAUAUGAAGAAAAUUUCCCCUCUCAUUCUUAGUAGCCAUAACAUUAUGUCCUUCACGUUCUCAGCUGUCAGUCCGUUUCUGAUAAUUCUUAGUGACAGGAGGGUGAGAAUGUUCUAG